UUGCUUUCUCUCCAAGUUGCGCGUUUAGAUUGAUUCGGAAAAGUCAAAGAUUGUGCGCAUACAAAAACCAAGUUCCUUCCUUUGUCACAUUCUCUGCUCUCAUUCAUUUGCAUCAUUCGAUCAUACAGUUUCUGGAAUUGGCUGUAAAUCUUUCAUCUUCUUCCUUUGUUUGCUUUUUUGGGUUCAUUUGAAGCAAUCCCAGCUCGGCUUCAGCAAAAAAAUAAACUCCCUUUGAUUGGCUUGGAUUUUUCUUGGUUUUUUUUUUUUUUUUUUUCCCUCAAAUCUCCCCAAAACUUGAUUGGAUGCCAAUUUUCCAGCUUCUAAAUUGAAACCCAUCUUUCAGAUUCUUUGGUUUGGAUGCUCAACUGGUUUACUUGCUGCUACUUGAUUGAAAGUUGAGAUUGGCGAGCGAGUUGUAGCUCAAGUGGUCAAGAGCGUUUGUGAAUCAUGGAGGGGUCUCAGGGUGGUUCUGGUGGCGCACCGGCGCCUUUUCUGACCAAAACAUACGACUUGGUGGAUGAUCCUUCUUCCAACCACAUGGUGUCCUGGAGUGAGAGUGGUUCUAGUUUCGUAGUUUGGGAUCCCACCGAGUUCGCCAAGGAAAUGCUUCCCAUGUAUUUCAAGCACAACAAUUUUUCGAGUUUCGUGAGGCAGCUUAACACAUAUGGGUUUAGAAAGAUUGAUCCUGAACAGUGGGAGUUUGCAAAUGAGGAAUUUUUAAGAGGAGGAAGACAUCUGCUGAAGAAUAUUCACCGCCGCAAGCCAAUUCAUAGUCAUUCCAUGCAGAAUCACGAGUAUACAGUUGCUUUACGUGAUACAGAGAGAGAAGAAUAUGAGAAGAAAAUCAGUAGACUAAAUCAUGAUAAAAGCUUGCUUGAGUUGGAGCUACAGCGGCAUCAAAGAGAGAAUCAGGAGUUUGAAUUUCAAGUACAGAUAUUACGAGAACAACUGCAGAACAUGGAGAAUCGGCAGAAGCAAUAUACGGCCUUCUUGGCUCAACUAGUGCAGAAACCGGGAUUUGCUUCUGUACUUGUGCAGCAGUCAGAAAUCCAUAGCAAAAAGAGAAGAUUACUGAAUUCUAACCACUUUCCUGAUGACUUUGGUAUGGAAGGUUUGAAUUUGAAUCCGCAGAAAGAAAAUUUGGGAUCAAUUUCAACUCCCAUAAUAAAGUUGGACCAGCUUGAGAAGAUGGAGUCUUCCUUAAACUUUUGGGAAGAUUUUGUCCAUGGGAUUGGGGAAGCAAUGCCCGAAGAUGUAAAUGAUAUUUGCCCGUUGUCUCAGGCCUCUCCUAUCAUUGUUACCGAAAUACAAGACACCAGCAUGAAUAGCAGGCCUUGCUCACCUAGAUCACAUUUAUCUUCACCGAAUUCAAUGAAUGCUCAUUCAUUCCCAGAGGUGGCGGCUGGGUCUGCAAAUAUUCUUGACAUCCUUGCUAUAACAUCAAUGUGCCCCACUGUUGAUUUCAGGUCUAAAUCUUCAGGAAUCGAUAUGAACUCUAAGCCCGACAGUGCCCCUGCACUUGCCAAAGAACUGGUAGUGGAACUGGAAGUGAAAAAUGCCGCGCCUACCAAGGCAAAUGAUGUAUUUUGGGAACAGUGCCUAACAGAGACCCCUGGUUUGGCUGAUGCGCCGGAAGUACAGUCAGAAAGAAGGGAUGGCGAUGGCAAAGCGAGGGAUGCCAAUCCAGCUAUCCAGAAGAAGCAUUGGUGGAACACGGAUAACGUAGAUAACUUCACGAACCAAAUAGGGCGCCUCACUCCAGCUACAUAAUCUUAGUUGAACUGUAAACUCUUCGGGGUUUCGAUGUUCGGAUGUGUACUGUUUACUUUAAGGUUGAUUUACUUAGUCAAGUAUUUCUAGACAUUCCAAUUUUUCGAGCUCUCUUGUGGAGCAUAUUUGAUUCUUUCUGAUGUAGUGUGGAAUUAGAGACAUCCAUUAGUUUAGUUUUUGUAAGUAAAUAAUAUGAGGUUUCAGGUA